UCCCGCCAUGGCGCCCGGCAGGAAGAGGGGGACGGCCCGGGGCGCCGGCAAGGCCUCGGCGCGGGACAAGCGGGUGGACGCCUUCCUGAAGGACUUCGACCGCGAGGGUGAGGCGCGGGAGGGCGGGGAGCGGAGCGGGGAGGGGGGGGGGGGGGGGGGGGGGGGCCGCCCCCCCCCCCCCCCCCCCCCCCCGCCCCCGCCCCCCCCCCCCACCGCUAACCCGGCUUCCCUCCCCCUUGCAGCGCUGGGCGGCAGCGAGAAGGCCCUGGAGAAGGUGGCCUCGAGCGAGGUGGACAUCGCGGAGAUCACCCAGCUGGCCUCCAGGGCCAUCCAGACGCCCUUCCGGGUCGCCAAGAAAGCCAAGCAGCCCAUCGAUGAAGAGAUGGAAGCAUCUCUGCUGCCCGCAGGCAAGAAAUCCAGGCAGGAUCUGGAGGUGGCACCCCAGAAGCCGGGGAAGGCGCAGACCUCGACCAAAAGGCCCCCCAACUCCAAGAGGACCCGGCCCCCUUCAUCCCGAGCCAAGAAUUUCCCCAAAAGCAAAGUGAGCCACGCCACUCCGGUCAUCCGAGGGAACCCCACGAAAGCCACCACUCCUCUGUUCACCCCUGCUGGCAAGUUUGACUCCAGCAUUUUCAGGACGCCCGGCCUGCGGGCCCCUGCUGCCCACGAAAGGGUCUUCAGCAUCUCGGUGAACGGCAGCCCCCUGGCAGACAGGAGCGAGGUCUUCCUCACGGUGCCCCUGGGCGGAGGAGAGAACGUCCGGAUCAGGGCCAGCGAGCUCUCGGAGAGGGACCUGCGGGGGCUGAACGCCCAAGCCCUGGGCAGCGUGAAGAAGCUGUCGAGCCAACUUGCGCACCUCUGCAGCCGAGUGGACGGACACAAGUGAAGAGGCUUCCGAGCAGCAGCUGCCUGUCGCUUUGGUCCUGGCCUGGGGAAGGGGAGAUUUGGCUCAAGGACCCCCCCCCAAAGGGUUGCCCCCCCCAUCCGGAACCUCCCUUCCCUGCCCAGAGUGCUGCUGCUGUGCCCCAAGGUGCCAGCGUCCCUCCUCUGGCCCUUCCUGCUUCUCUCGGCUGCCCCCGUGUGCAGGGGCAAGAGCAGGUGGCCUGGGCCCUUCACAGCCCCCCGAGGGGGUUGGGGGCAGCAGCAACAGGCAGACACAGCCCCAGGAUGAAUGCCGGCUGCUUCCUUUGGGGGGGGGGGGGGCUUCCUUUCCGAGCCCUUGUGGGGUUUUCUAUUUAUCGUCUUCCGUGGGGUGCAAGGAGACCGUUUCCUGGUUGGUUUUGCAA